UGGGUUGGUUCCUCAUCAACUCCCACUUACUUACAUUCUAUUCCCCUCAUUCUAUUUCUUGUUGCUUUUGCCCCCGAAUAGCUGGAGGGCGUGUUGUAAUACGUACGCGGCCCAAGGCUGCCGACCUGUGGACUAUUAUUGAAAAAUGACCCUUGCAUUAACCUUGUAUGAUGUGCUUGGCAUUCCGAGCUCAGCGUCAAUAGAUGAUGUACGGAAGGCUUAUAAGCAGAAAGCCCUCGAGACUCAUCCAGACAAGCUUGAACCAACUGCAAGCGAGAAAGAGAGGCGCGCUGCAGAAGGCAAAUUCCGCAAUGUAAAGGAAGCCUUUGAGAUCUUGAGUGAUCCUGAUAAGCGCAAGGCAUACGAUAUCCGUAUACAGUGUGCACUCAAGAAUUCGAAGAUUUGGGAUAAAGAACAAGAGAAACGGACGAACGAACGUGAACAGUGGGCGCGUCAAGCGAAGGAGAGAAGUGAGAAUAGGAUGAAGGAGCGAGCCGAUUUAUAUGAUUCUAUUCGUCGAAUGAAGCAGGAACAGACCCUGUACACUGAAGUUGUCGAUAAACUAUAUCAAGAGCUCAAAGACAUGAAUCCAGAGUGGGAGCUCAGGCGGAAGCAAGCUUUGGAGCGUAAGGAGAAUGCAGCACGAAAGGCUCAAGAACCUCGGACACAGCGGACUCGUUGACCCAUCUACAUCUAUCUAUUUUUUCGGACAACCAUUUGACCAGGGCAAAUGUUGUAAUAUUUUAUUGCGUUGCUGGAUCCUAUCGUUUUUAUUUUUUUCUAUUUUUUUCUUUCGUUUUUUAAACAGACAUCGCAGAAUUCGUCAAUACCCGAAAGGGAUGUAACUGGAAUAGCAACAUUAAUUGAAACCCCC